AACAGGGCAUCGGAGGAGGAGGUGUUCCUGGCAGCCAUCUUGGAUGUGCGGAGUGAUUGUUUAGCGAGCUGAAUUGACAUUAUAUUUUUAGAAAAAUAGUCUUUGUACUGAAUCGUUGAAGCUUUGCCGCAGUGUGGCGACCGAGGGACGACAUCGCAGCUCGGAAAAAUCCAGUGAAAGAAGGCAUGAAGACAUCAUCCUAGUCAUCAGUCAUGGCCGAUAAAAGGAAACUUCAAGACUGCAGACACGUGAGCGCGAGUCCAAUUUGGAUCAGAUGCAAGAGACCAAAUCAAUCCAGUUCAGGAAUUAAACGUGUUUUCCCCCUGUGUUACUCACAGUAGAAACCCCUCUGCACGGCAGGGACUCAACAGACCCAAUAGAACCAAGCGGGGGGGAAGAAUUGUGUUUUUUUUUUUUGUUUUUUUUGCCGGAGCUGAUGAUGAUGAUGACGGACAGGUCUAAGUGCUGAUCCGUCUGUUGAGAGUUGUACACGCACGGUACCCGAGGUGCACUCAUGAAAAAAAUGGCGAGAGGUAGCCUUGCAAAAGGUGAAAUAGAUCGAUGUCUGAAAAAAGUAGCGGAAGGAGUCGAACAGUUUGAAGACAUUUGGCAAAAGGUGAGGAAGGAUCGUCGGACGGACGGAACCGCGGUUUGCAUCCAAAAUCUCCACAAUGCAGCCAACGCCAACCAGAAGGAGAAAUAUGAAGCAGACCUCAAGAAAGAGAUUAAAAAGCUGCAGCGUCUUCGAGACCAGAUCAAGACGUGGGUCGCAUCCAACGAGAUCAAAGACAAAAGGCAGCUGGUGGAGAACCGCAAACUCAUAGAAACGCAAAUGGAGCGCUUCAAAAUAGUGGAGAGAGAAACUAAGACAAAGGCGUACUCUAAAGAGGGCUUGGGUCUGGCCCAGAAGGUGGACCCGGCCCAGAAGGAGAAGGAGGAGGUCGGCAACUGGCUGACGAACACCAUCGACACCCUAAACAUGCAGGUGGACCAGUUUGAGAGCGAAGUGGAGUCUCUGUCGGUCCAGACCAGAAAAAAAAAGGGAGACAAAGAGAACCAGGACCGCAUCGAGGAGCUGAAGAAGUUCAUCGAGAAGCAUCGGCACCACAUCCGGAUGCUGGAGACGAUCCUGAGGAUGCUGGACAACGACUCGAUACAGGUGGACUCCAUCAGGAAGAUCAAGGACGACGUGGAGUAUUACCUGGACUCCUCGCAGGAUCCGGACUUUGAGGAGAACGAGUUCCUCUACGACGACCUGGACCUGGACGACAUCCCUCAGACGCUGGUCGCCACCUCCCCGCCCGGAAACUCUCAAUUGGAGGACGAGAUCUUUCAGAACUCCAGCAGCACGCCGAACUCCACCACCUCGUCCUCGCCCAUCCCCCCGUCGCCAGCCACCUGCACUACGGAGAACUCGGAGGACGACAAGAAGAGGGGCCGCUCCACGGACAGCGAGGUCGGGCAGUCACCUGUGAAGAACGGGAACCCCUCCUCCUCCUUGUCCUCCUCCUCCUCCUCAUCGUCCUCCUCCUCCUCCUCCUCUUCCUCUUCAUCCUCCGUCUCAGGACUGAACUCGUCCUCGCUCGUCUCCGUGGCCAACAUUGCCGGAGGGGGGCUCGGCGGCUCCGGGGGCGGCGGCGGCGGCCACCUGGGCGGCCUGGGGGGCCUCCUCUCCAACACGUCCGCAGGCAGCUACAGCAACGCCACCCAGCAGCCCCCCCACCCGUCGGCGGUCAAAAACUUAGUCGGUGCCUCCACCUCGGCCCCCAUCUCCAUCCCCAGCGCCUCCGCCAACAGCCACAUGGUCUCCUCCUCCUCCCCCCCCAACGCCAUCACCCAGGGGCUCUUCACCUCCAUGUCGCAGCCUCAGGGCUCCACCCCCUCCUCCAACAGCCUGGGCCUCAGCCUGGGCCUCUCGCUGGGGAAAGGCGGCAUGUCCGGCUCCAUGUCCGGGGGCCCCAUGUCCGGCAGCCUCGGCCUGUCGGGGAUGUCGGCGUCCCUGAGCAACAUGGCGAGCCUCCUGUCCGGCUCCACCCCGGCGCCCUACUCGCAGGCCGCCGCCGCCUCGGGGGCCAUCGGCUCCGGCCUGCCGGGCUCCCUGGGUGGCAUCGGCAUCAACCCCACCACCACCAACAGCUCGGCGGGCUCCAUCGGCAGCGGGAGCAUCACGGUCGGCGGACCCACCUCCUCCUCCUCCUCGUCCUCCUCGUCCUCCGGCGGCCUGCUGGGCCCGGCGCCGGGGCUGGGCGGCGUGGGCUCCGGGAUGCUGGGGCUGAGCUCCGGUCAGUCUGGGAUGCAGGGGUCCUCGCUGAUGUCCCUGAGCCCCGUCGGAGGCCUGGCGCCCGGCGGCGGCGUGGGAGUCAUCGGGAGCAGCGGGGGCGGCUCGGUGACCGGGGGCAGCGGCGUUCUUGGCGGCGGCCUGGCGCUCUCCGUCAGGCCGCCUGCCGGCCAGCAGAAGCAGAACGGCAGCACGAGUUACAGCGCCGUGGUGGCAGACAGCACGGCGGACUCCGCCUUCACCAGCGCCAGCCAAUCACAAAGCAGCCAAUCCAUGUCCUUGACCUCCACAGCCAAUCAGCCUAAGGACACUUGUUCCAGUUUACUGGGAUCCAUUUGUUUGACGUCCAGCUCGCCGUCGCCGGCGUUCUACAGCGAGGCCAAGACGGUGGGCGGCGGCCUGCUGAACGGCCCGCUGUCGUACUCGCAGCCCUCCGACGGCAUCAAGCCCCAGGAGCCUCUGAGCAGCCUGAAGUCCAUGGCCGAGCGCGCAGCACUCAGCUCAGGGAUGGAGGGAGACGUGUCCUCCCUGCACCUCACCCCAGUCUCCGUCUCCCGCCUCUCCUCGGACAUCUUCCCCAGCAGCACCGUGGCCCCCUCGGGCCCCCCCUCCUCGGCGCCUCAGCUCUCGCUGUCGGAGGUCAGCAUCCCCCCGUCACUGGGGGUCUGCCCGCUGGGGCCGGUCCCCCUGUCCAAAGACCAGCUCUACCAACAGGCCAUGGAGGAGGCGGCGUGGACGCACAUGCCCCACCCGUCCGACUCGGAGAGGAUCAGGCAGUACCUGAUGAGGAACCCCUGCCCCACCCUGCCUUUCCACAACCAGGUGCCACCGCCUCACUCGGACACCGUGGAGUUCUACCAGAGGCUUUCCACAGAAACCCUCUUCUUCAUCUUCUACUACCUGGAGGGCACGAAGGCCCAGUAUCUGGCAGCCAAAGCCCUGAAGAAGCAGUCGUGGAGGUUCCACACAAAGUACAUGAUGUGGUUCCAGAGGCACGAAGAACCCAAGACCAUCACGGACGAGUUUGAGCAGGGAACCUACAUCUACUUUGACUACGAGAAAUGGGGCCAGCGCAAGAAGGAGGGCUUCACCUUUGAGUACCGCUACCUGGAGGACCGAGACCUGCAGUGACCUGCAGCGACCUGCCGGGGCGGCGGGGGGGCCAGGUGGCCGGGGCGACGGGGCCAGCGGCUGACAUUCCUGGCUUACACCUCGGCCCGUUUGGUGGGGGUGGGGGAGAGCGGGUGACCCUCCGAACCCUGCCUCAUUAUCCCCGCCCCCAACCUGCAGAAGUGACUCCUCCCACUCCCUCAUCCUCCUCUUCCUCCUCUUUCUCCUCCUCUCCAUAAUCAGGCUUUUUCUUUCAAUUAUUUCCAUCUUUUCCUGAACUGGAACUUUCUUUAAAUCAAGACUCUUUGUUGUUUUGGAAGAUUUAUACACAGAAGAAAAAAUAAGAAUCGUUAUUCAGCCCUGAAGAACCAAAGAUAGUUGGUUAAUCCCUCAGUAAAAGCCUGACCGUCAUAAACACACACACACACACUAAAUCAGUGCUAAAAAGCAUCAUUUUUCUGUGGGACGGAAAAUCUUGGUGCUAAUCUAAACUUUUUUUUGAGGGGGGGUGGAGGUUGUUCCCCUGGAGCACCUUUUAAACCGAGGCCUCACCAACGCAGCCGUCUGCUCACCCAGGUAGUAAAACCAAGCGCCCCCACCGGCUGGAUGCGGCUGCUUGGUUUUUAGUUUGAAUCCUUCGUCUGUUUCCUGGUGUAAAAACACCUUAAAGGUCACACGCACGCUGACGCUCCCUUUGGAAGUGGGGGGGUUGGGUCGCUCCCGCUGGGUCACAUGGGGUCUUUUAGGAAAUCAAAGCUCACCCAAAGUUUCAUUAAAACAGAACGUUUUUGCUAAUGUUCCUCCGCUGGUGUCGAGUCCACAUUUUGGGGCCCGGCGGGUUGGACGUGUGCAAUAUGAAGCACCGCGGGCAGUUAGCUUAGCAUAAAGACUCCUACAGUUAGCCUCACUGGGAGCAACGUUUCUCCUCAGAUCAUCACACACGUAUGUAGAUGAUCCUGUUCCAGUCUCAUUCUCUGGAUUAAUCUCAGAUUCAUCAAACUGCUCCAUCACUGUGGGCGAUGGAUGCUACCAGCAGCUGGAUCAACAGCCCCCCCCCCCCGCCCCACCUCCUCCUCUCUCUGUGCUGAAGAGCACAAACACCAGCGCUGCUGCCCACAUCUCCUCCGUCCUCCAGCUCUCCGCUUCCUCACUGGAGGGGUUUUCUUUUUUCCGACCUGGGCGCACAAUAAACACACAAUAAACACAAACACACACACACACACGCGCUUCCUGGCGCUCACCACCACCAAGUCAUUCCACAUCCUGACUGCUGCAGAAACACACCGCAGCGUUUUCCUUUUUCACUCUUUAUGUUUUCAUUCAUCUUUAAUUGGAUGUCUCACUCCAUUUCUCUCACUCCUCCUCUUCCUCCUCUUUUCAUGCCAGGUAGAUAUUUCCUUUAUUUCUCAGGAAGUAUUUGAUAGAUCAUUUUUACGAGGAAAUGUAUCCGCCAGCAGCACAACAAACAACUAGAUAAUCUCUCCUGACACUUCUGACUCUUAACCCAAAUUCUCAAUCAUUUGUCUUUGGGGACGUCGUCUCACCAACAGACUUCUUCUUCUUCUUCUUCUUCUUUUUUUUUAAAUCGCAAAAUAUUAUCCUCCAAUGUUUGGAGCCGCACUGGAGAAAGAGCGAGAGAACCUCUGUCUGUUUACCAUGGUACAGAGGAUGGGGGGGGGGG